UGCUCCCUCUUUACAUCAACGCCUCAGACUCUUUGAGUGAGAGCAGCCGCCUGUCCGGAUGGAGGACAAACCCUUCACUGGACACCAGCACUCGUGGCACUCGGCCUGAUCCUCGCCGCCCUGGGAUGUAGCGUCUUCUCGUUCGGUUUUUUGCGGGGAAAGCGGAGCCGUGAGGCGGUGUGAUUAUGAUCGCGCUCUGCUGCGUGCACAGUCAGCGUGAUCUGCUAUGGUGAUACUACAAGCUAACCAGGCGCAGCUAGCAGAGGGAUUGUUUUUGGGAGACGCCGAUUUGAAGAACCCCACUCGCUCACACAUGCAUUAAGACACUUUUUGUGAAUCUUCAUCACGGCGGAACACAAAGGGGCAUGUCUAACCAAGGAGUUAGGAGAAACGGCCCAGUAAAGCUGCGCUUGACAGUCCUGUGCGCAAAGAACCUGGCUAAGAAAGACUUCUUUCGGCUGCCAGAUCCCUUCGCCAAAGUGGUGGUGGACGGCUCGGGACAAUGCCACUCUACAGAUACUGUGAGAAAUACGCUGGACCCCAAGUGGAAUCAACAUUAUGAUCUAUACAUCGGAAAGGCCGACUCCAUCACCAUCAGCGUGUGGAACCACAAGAAGAUCCACAAAAAACAGGGCGCAGGUUUUCUGGGCUGCGUCCGCCUCCUGUCCAACGCCAUCAACAGACUCAAAGACACGGGCUAUCAGAGGCUGGAUCUGAAUAAGCUGGGCCCCAAUGACAAUGAUACUGUGAGAGGACAGAUAGUAGUCAGUCUUCAGUCCAGAGAUCGCAUUGGGAGCGGAGGACCAGUUGUGGACUGCAGCCGCCUGUUUGACAACGACUUGCCUGAUGGCUGGGAAGAGAGGAGGACAGCCUCUGGAAGAAUACAGUACCUGAACCACAUCACACGGACCACGCAAUGGGAGAGACCCACCAGGCCGGCGUCGGAGUACUCCAGCCCGUCGGGGCGGCCGCUGAGCUGCGUGGUGGACGAGAACACGCCGGUCAUGACGCCCGUUAACGGGGCGGAGGCCAGCGGUCCCCCGGGCGAGCAGCGCAUCCAGGAGAGACGGGUUCGCUCUCAGCGGCAUCGCAACUACAUGAGCCGGACGCACCUUCACACGCCGCCGGAUCUUCCAGAGGGUUACGAGCAACGAACAACUCAGCAGGGCCAAGUCUACUUCCUCCACACGCAGACUGGGGUCAGCACCUGGCACGACCCCAGAGUGCCCAGGGACUUGAGCAACGUGAACUGCGAGGAGCUGGGCCCGCUGCCGCCGGGCUGGGAGAUCAGAAACACUGCCACCGGCCGCGUCUACUUCGUCGACCACAACAACCGAACAACACAGUUCACAGACCCGCGACUGUCCGCCAACCUGCAUCUAGUCCUCAACAGCCCAAGUCCAAAUGGUUCCCGUGUGGCCACGGACAGCCAGAACACUAACCUCAGUCACCCGCCUCAGAUGAAGGACCAGGGCGGUCCCGGGGUUCCCCAGCAAGCUCUGUCCCCAGCCCAGCUGCCCGACGAGGCCGAGUGCCUGACGGUGCCCAAAUACAAGCGGGACCUGGUGCAGAAGCUGAAGAUCCUGCGACAGGAGCUCUCUCAGCAGCAGCCCCAGGCCGGCCACUGUCGCAUCGAGGUCUGCCGCGAGGAGAUCUUUGAGGAGUCGUAUCGUCAGGUGAUGAAGAUGCGUCCUAAAGAUCUUUGGAAGAGACUGAUGAUUAAAUUCCGAGGGGAGGAGGGGCUGGACUACGGAGGUGUAGCGAGGGAGUGGCUGUACCUGCUGUCCCAUGAGAUGCUGAACCCCUACUACGGCCUGUUCCAGUACUCCAGAGACGACAUCUACACUCUGCAGAUUAACCCCGACUCCGCCGUCAAUCCCGAGCACCUGUCGUACUUCCACUUCGUCGGGCGCAUCAUGGGCAUGGCGGUGUUUCACGGUCACUACAUCGACGGCGGCUUCACUCUGCCUUUCUACAAGCAGCUGCUGGGGAAGCCGAUCACGCUGGACGACAUGGAGUCCGUGGACCCCGACCUCCACAACAGCCUCGUCUGGAUCCUGGACAACGACAUCACCGGCGUCCUGGACCACACCUUCUGCGUCGAGCACAACGCCUACGGAGAAAUCAUCCCACACGAGCUGAAGCCCAACGGCAAGAGCAUUCCCGUGACCGAAGACACCAAGAAGGAGUAUGUCCGGUUGUACGUGAACUGGCGCUUCCUGCACGGCAUCGAGGCUCAGUUCCUGGCUCUGCAGAAAGGCUUCAACGAGGUGAUCCCGCAGCAUCUGCUCAAAGCCUUCGACGAGAAGGAGCUGGAGCUGAUCGUGUGCGGCCUGGGGAAGAUCGACAUCUCCGACUGGAAGUCCAACACGCGCCUGAAGCACUGCACCCCCGACAGCAACAUCGUCAAGUGGUUCUGGAAAGCCGUGGAGUCGUUCGACGAGGAGAGGCGGGCCCGCCUGCUGCAGUUCGUCACCGGCUCGUCCAGAGUGCCGCUGCAGGGCUUCAAGGCUCUGCAAGGAGCGGCAGGACCCAGACUCUUCACCAUUCACCAGAUCGAUGCCAACACCAAUAAUCUGCCCAAAGCCCAUACCUGCUUCAAUCGGAUCGACAUUCCUCCCUACGAGAGCUACGACAAACUCUACGACAAGCUACUGACGGCGAUCGAGGAGACGUGCGGCUUCGCGGUGGAAUGAGAGCCGACAGACUCUUAACGGUAGCUGCGCCGCGCAGACAGGACCGGCCGGCCGGCGGUCCGUACCUCGCAGCUGACGGUCUUCCUUCUUCUCUCACUGUUCACACACUUCCCCUCAGAGCAUCAGCUGCCCGUCGUCCCCGCCACCGGCUCGCUCCUCGUCUUCACUUCAGUUGUUGUGAAAAUCCUGAGAGAAACUUCAGAGCUGCUAAACGUCACUUUGUAGUCAGAAGAAGAAACUUUGAUCUAAUUAGGAAAACCUCUUCUCUAGUUCUUCCUUUAAAAACAAAAAAUCUGCUCAGAUGUUCCAUAACUACGGUCCACCUUUUUAAAAAAAAUUAUUAUUUUUUUUUGUUUCCACUGACUGAUCCGUGUUUUGCUACUGAAUCCGGAACUCUGCAGGUAGCCGUGUCUUUCCAUUAGUCGCCACCUUCACCUCAACCAGCACACCGUUUCCAUCCUCAUGGCUGCAGAGCUUCAUCUGGUAGGAGCGCCAUGAAUUCAUCCUACCUCAGCGCGUUGCAAAGCGUCAGCUUCUCGGAGGGUUUAAUCCAUCGCUUCUUUUGAAAUAAGUCCAGAAAAAUGUGUUGUUUGUUCAUCAGUUUGGUUUCAGUCAUUUUCAAACUAAAAGUCUGAUCAUUGGAUGGGUGAGUGGGUCGUUUUUUAAUUUUUUUUCAUUUUUGUGGUAAGAUUUCAUCUGUGGGUCUUUUGUUUGGUGACGGACUCUGGUGAAAAAGGUUUGAGUUCAGGUCCCCCCCGUGACUGGAAAAGUUCCAGUCACAACCUCAAAAUAAAAAUCUUGACUCACUGCUGCCACACACUUUGCAUUACUUAAAUUUCACUUGAUUUCUCCUGAAGCUCUCUGGCGUUCCCCAGGGGAGCCCCGCCCCACACUUUGAGAACCUCUGCAUUAAAGCUCAACUCUUCACAGUAGAUGUCAGGUUCAUAUUGUGUAAAAAAAAAAAAAAAAAUGUCCACAGGAUGGAAAAACGCCAUCCUCAAGUUCAGAAUUCUCUCUUCUCUCGUCACUUUCGAGCACUUUACAGACUGAGCAGUGGCGUCGGGAGCGAAUUGUUUUUUCCCCUCGCAUAGAUUAAAAUAUAUCAUCUUUCAUUUGCUUCUCAACUACGUUACAAAUAAUCAGAGUAAAAAGUAUAUAAACCUGUAAUUUUCUUUUCAGUAUAUAUGUACAAAUACAUAGCUAUUUUGUAUAUUGUUGCCAGUUCUGUUUGAUUUAAAUGCAAGCAUGUGGACGUCUGUCUCAGACCUCUUUACAUUCUCAGGUGAAGUUGUCCUUUCAUUUUUUUUUUUUUUUUUUUUUUUUAAUUCAUUUUAGUCUAGUAUGAGAGGAAGGGUGCUCCUGUUUCCCAGGCAUCGUCUUUAAUCCCACGCUUCCAUUCAUUGAUAAACACAGGCCUCCUGUGAAAGCCUCAAACCGAGCAGGCGGCCGUCUGUUUCCAGCCAGCGCAGAAGCAGAUGUAAACGUCUGAGUAGCUGCUCGACUCCUGUAUUUGAAACAUGAUCAGGAGCGUCGAACAAACCAAGACCUUCUGCAUGAAUGGAUGCUCCACGGCUCAACCCUAUUUAUUUGCAUAGUUAUUACUCUUAAGCAGCUUUUGUUUUUAAUAAGG